UGUGAAUACGGGGCCAUGCGUAUGAUACGCAGGAAUCUGUCGUAAAAACGUCCUGGGCUCUGUGCUCCGGCGUGAAGUAGAGAAUACCAGCGUGAGUGCUUCAGCUCAUCGCAUUGGAUAUUUUCAACACCGCAACCGAGCUAAUGUUAGCUGCCCCGAGCGGAACACUGGGAGUGAACGGGGGAAUCCAGCGGACUUCCGACGGAGGCUAUGCUAUUAUGCAGCUCAAAAAUGUACCCGAAUAAUCGGAUGACAGCGCUACGACCUAUCGAAGGAAAACUUUCGAGUUCGGCGUACACGGCGGGCUUGCAAUAAGGGGGUCGUGCGGCUAACGGGGUCCAGAAGGCCGGUGUGAACCGAUGAGCUGCGGCUGGCAUGACUCGCACCCCGCUGUCGCACACGCAGCCGAACUGCAUCGAUUGAAAGUCAUUCAGACUGCGUCGAUUGCGAGCUCUGGCUGUCUGUCUGCAAGCUCGGGUCAACCGAUGAAUAUGGUCCGAGGCGCAGCGACUCGUUCGUGAGGCGUGUAUGGGUCCUGCGUACUCGAAUUCCACACUUCCUCAGAGGGAGACCUGAAUCUGUGCUGGUCUAGGGUGCAGUGCGCUGGUCCAUAUAUUUGCCUAGUUUGACUGUCACGCUCUUUCUAUGUAUGGAUGGACGUUUGCAUGCUUUGACAGAGAGCUGCGUGCAUCGUUUCAGUUGGCACAGCGCAUCCCAAGGAGGGGCUGUUAUUCUAGGAAUUAUACACUGGAUCUAUCGAAGCGUUUAAUUCGCAGAGGCUCCGGUUGUCUACCUAAGAACAUUGCGUAAGGCUGCAGCGUACGCUACGUCUUUUUGAAGGCAUUCGGGUGACAUUGCAGUCCCUCUCCCUCUCCCUCUCUCUCUCUCUCUCUCUCUCUCUCUCUCUCUCUCUCUCUCUUUUGGAGAGAUAUAUAACGUAAGCUCCUCUCAGUUAUUACGUCUGUCAAAAGAAAGGGAAGGUGGAGCAUUGUCCGUCUUACGUGCUGACGCAGUGGGAUUUCUACGUGUGGUCGGCGUUUCGCCCCGCCCUUCCCGCGGUGACGGUGAUGGGUCGGAAGCGGUGUGUCGGUGCAGAUUGUUCGAAGAUGGCGGCCGGGUGCUGCGGGGUGAAGAAGCAGAAGUUGUCGGGAUCCCCUGGGGCGGGGGGUCCCGGCGGGGCGGGGAGCGGGGUGGCUGGGACCGGACAUUGUGGAUCGGAUUUAGGGAUCGGGUCGUCGUCGACUGUUGUGGCCGGGAACCUGAAUCGGGUGAACGGCCUGGGGGGUCCGGGGGGUAGUAGUAGUAGCAGCGGUGGCAGCAGCAACACCAAUGCUCUGUCCCCAACUCCAGGAGGCUAUAACUCAACUGGCCUCUCCCCGAACCUCAGUCCCGGGCUUGGCUCGGGAAGCGGAGCCAGGAAAAUGGUCGUUUCGGCGGAGAUGUGUUGCUUCUGCUUCGACGUGCUUUAUUGCCAUCUAUACGGAUACCAGCCUCCUCGAACACCCAGGUUUACAAACGACCCCUACCCACUGUUUGUCACUUGGAAAAUCGGACGGGACAAGCGGUUGAGGGGUUGUAUAGGUACAUUUUCUGCAAUGAACCUGCACUCAGGACUCAGGGAGUACACCCUUACCAGUGCCCUUAAAGACAGCCGCUUUCCCCCCAUGACGAGGGACGAGCUGCCGCGCCUCUUCUGCUCAGUGUCUCUGCUCACCAACUUCGAGGAUGUUGGUGAUUAUCUAGACUGGGAGGUGGGUGUUCACGGCAUUAGGAUAGAAUUUUUUAAUGAAAAAGGAUCAAAGCGCACCGCCACCUACCUGCCAGAGGUUGCGAAGGAGCAAGGAUGGGACCACAUUCAAACCAUAGAUUCCUUACUUCGAAAGGGAGGUUACAAAGCUCCUAUCACAAAUGACUUCAGGAAGACUAUUAAGUUGACCAGGUACCGUAGUGAAAAGAUGACAAUGAGCUACGCAGAAUACAUCGCCCAUCGCCAGCAUCAUCACUACCAGAACGGCAUCGGGCACCCUCUCCCACCGUACAACCAUUAUUCCUGACAGCGAGCCGCAUGACCAGUCACUGGACCUCUCCGCGGACCUCUUCCCAGGAGAGCCCGCCCCCUCGUGGUCUAGCUAUCUGUACUACUGUACCAUUUUAUGAUGAUAGUUUCCGUUGCCAUGUCGACAGUCAGAUGGCGGCAUGGCAGCGGGGUGGCAAAUAAGCAUCAAGUGAUUUUGAAGCGAAAAAAUACAAUUCAUUUAUUUUCUCAUUUUUAUUCUUUGUAUUAAUUUAGUUUUUUGCAGCAUAUAUAUCAACAUAUAACCCCUUGUUUUUUUAAAUAAGCAAAUAAACAAGUACUAAGUUGUUGGUUUUUUUCAACAAAUUUCCUAAUCAGGUUUUUGAGUCUGUGGAUGGAAAUAAGUCAUAAUGAUGAUGGGCUAGUCUUGAUGAUAGGAAUUUGCUCCAAUUUUAUGUACGUGACGCUUUAGUGACUUGGUUUAUUGCUCUUUUUGCUUUUCUCAUUUCGUUUUAGUUUGACGUUGUGUUACGUAGGCAACCACAGGGUUCGAGGGAUUCUCUUUCCUCUCUGUGCGAUUCCUCUGACAGUUUUCCUUCGUGGGGGUGAUUUCCAUUUUCUCUUUUGUUUUUAUCGUGAAGUGUUACGUUGUGGCUUGUAAGGUGGGUGCCGUGCGACUGAGUUAGCCAGCAAGGAGCUAGAAAAGUCAGUUACGUGUUUGCUUCUUUUGUAUCGUGUGCACAAACUUGUCAGAAGUUCAAAACCACUAGAUGAAAUUAGCUAUGGGGUGCACCAGAAUAAAUGCAAAGCAGAAUUGAAUUAAACUCCGAUUAACAGUAAGUUACAUUUUUUGUGUAGUGUUGCUAUCCUAAAAAAACCCAACACGUAUAAAUCCAGUAGUGUUUAUUUUUUUUAUGUUAACGUGUGCUGUAUUAGAUGUUUCUAGUGUUACAUGUACAGCUCUAUGUACAGAGUUUAACCGGACAGUUGCUAACAAACUCCACAGUCUGUUGGGCUGGCGAGGUUUGUGACCACAAAGGCAAUCUCAGUUGUCCCAUGUGAGCUAUUUCGUAUCUUCCUUUAUCACACAGAGAGGAAAACCUUCAUAAGAGACUUCAAGUCAAAUGACAGGGACGAGCUAAAAAAAGCCAUACUCUCUUUUAAUGCAUGCAGAAUGUGGCUGUGAAUGGCUGUUUUUAUUUCAUUUCACCCCUGGUCUGUUUACCUGGCACUGCAAUCUUUUCUUUUGAAUGAUCUGAUCUUAUGGAGGAAUCGGACCCAUGCAGUGUGUUCGACAUUAGCUCAGCGCGUCACCUCAUCAUGCAUGAAAAGAACAAUGUUUAAAUCUCCAUACGAACACCACGAGCUUAAAGGGAUAGUUCUCCCAAAAAUAUAAAUUCUGUACAAGAACAAAAGAAGAUAUUGUGAGAAAUAUUGGCCCAGUGGUUUUGUGUCCAUUCAAUGAGGACCAAAUUGUUGACAACAGAUUUCAAAAUAUCUUCUUUUGUGUUCUGCAGCAAAGUCACACAGGUUUAAAAUGACAUGAGGUUGAAUAAAUAAUGACAUCAUUUUCAUCAUUUUUUACUAUCCCUGUAAGUGGUUGUUAUAAUCUAGAGGAUGGCUGCUGUGGUGACUCAUCUCUUUAAGACUUUAUGGUGAAGCUUCUUCAAAAACUUCUAGUUCAUUCUGCCAUGCCCCACCAGGUGUUUCAUUUGAAGAAACUUUCUCAUUGCUCACAAUAUGUCCAUCAAACUGGAUUGAGAUGUGAUUUCAAGGGGUUGCCUACCUUCAGUGCAGCUGUUAGAAGAAAGUUUUUCCGUGCUGUAGACCGAACGUCACAUCUGUCUGAAGAUACAGUGGACUAGCUUCAAAGGCGAGAAAUGGAAAGUCUCUUGAGAACUAUUUACGUCUUUGUUUUCAUAUGCAAACUGUUAAGGGCUUUCGGGGUUCCAUCCACAGUCAUGGUCUAGCUCACUAUAAUCAAUAAAAACCUGAUUUCAGUUGUGUUGCCUUAAUACUACCCGGACCAGGAAAUGUCACCCCGAGGGUUAAACCGUUGGCUUUGGAUUAGUUUUGGCAGUGUCACACUGUUGCGGCUUUAAACAACAACUUCAGCCGUUGUGUGUGGAGUAGUGGGACACCUGUUUGCCAAACCACAGUGAUGUUUUUAUUUUUCGUUUUACUUUGAGCGAAGCCCGCCACUGCCCUGUUCUGACUGUUUUCGAUGCGUUUGUCUAAAUCCCAUCAACCACUAAGUAGGUCAGUUAUGAAAAGCGCAGUUUGUUGCGUCUAGUUUUGGUAAUCACCCUUUAACUUACCGCCACUUUAUGGCCCCAUGUUUUUUUCAUCGUCCUACGGUUGACCAAUCAGGGCUCAUUUGGUGGUCCACUUAAAAAAAAAAACUGAACAGCACAAACUGAGUCAUUUUGUUCUGCUGCAAAACCAACUAAAAUCCUUGCAUUUGUGAGAAAACUAAUGUAUACACAUUUUGCAAUACAUGUGUUGCAUGAAUAGCGGGUCUCCUGUUAAAACACGGCAUGCUUGUUUCACUGCUAUAUAGAUGUAUGAGAAAAGACAAUAUAAAAUGGUGCUAUCGGACCUCGUGUCGGGGGUGGUCGCAGUGAAGGCGACUGGUCAUGCGGACUCAUUGUUCAUAUCAGACUUUAUUAUUAUCCUCGAUAUAUGCAGAUCUGUUUUACAGGUGUUUCUUUUUUUUUCCUACCAGUGUAACAAUCUCCUGCAGGUUUGAAAGGACAUGUAGUCAGGAGUCUGUCCCCCCAACCUUCCCUCAUGGCCUGGGGGAUACGGGCAUACGCAUCAUCUCAUCUCUUGUAGAUCUGCACUAUACACAAUAACCCGGAGUUUCGCUCUGCGCACGUGUACGCCGUGUAUGUGUACAUUUUACCAGCCGGUAACGUUAGUUCAAGAGGCAGGGAAGUUGUUGCCUAAACACGGCCUAAACUUCACUGACGUUCUGUUCAAACACCAGUUCGGUUUGUUGGACAGACGAACGCGUGUCGCUUAUCUAGUAGUGACGUUAUCGUCUGCGCGCUUCUGGUCAAAUCGGUAUCUUGUCAGAUUGUGAACGACUACAGAUUGAUACUUGAAUAGGAAUAUUUACUGAUUCUCAUAGUCCACUUUAAAGAUGUACUUUGGGGAUAUCGGCUGAUUUUUGAGAUACUCUAUAAUUGAGAACGAUGUGUCGGCCCUCGAGUAAACGCACAUUUGAACACUGUAGAAACGUAUCGAUCGCAACACCGGAAUUCACGGGGCCAUGGACAGCGAAAUUUCAAGUUGGCUAUAUUGAAUGCGUGUUUGAAUACUGUGGAUUUUUUUGUUUGUUUGUUUGUUGUUUAAGUGUUCCACGUUUUUGUAACUCUCAAACCGCUGACGUUUUAGUCAAAAUGAUUCGAGCUUCGCAAGCCCCAUCAAACCCAUAGUCAUUUGGAAUGUGUUAGGCCCAUGUCACCUUUGUGUGUUCAACCGAACCAAAGAUGCCUCCAGCCAUGUCCAAAUGCUGCUGUACAGACCUGCCUUCCUGUCCUUCCAAAAACCUUUCCUGCAAGAGACAUGUUGUUUUUAUUUCUGUGUAUGUUUUCCUUGGUUUUGUACAAUUUCUAAUAUUGUUUAAGGUUUUUAGCAACCUACGUUCAAUGAAUUUUCAUUGUAGCUGUCUUUGAUUCCUCACGCGGUAUCAAUGACCGUAAUGCUAGGUUGCACAUUUUUUUAUUUUGUUUUUCAUCGUUAUUAUAUAUUUUUGUAAAGGAAGAACCCCAUAGCGUGCCUCUUAGAUUUAUGGGUUUCUUAAUGUGUUUUUCCUAAGACCAGCAGUUAUACUUUGUACAAAAGAUGCGUUAAUCCUUAUUUUUAAAUGCCAUUUAAGGAGAAAAAAAGUCUCUUUUCUUUACUCUGGACCCAGUAGCUGCACUGGCAUACAAUCGCACUGAUAUAGAAAAAAAAGUAUAAUGAUGAUGAUGAUAAAAAUAAUAAAUGUAAGAUCUACAAUAAACUUGUAUGAAGACCUUUUUGUAAAAAUACAAAAAAAAAAAAACAAGUAAACACAUUGACUGUUUUUGUACAUCGAGUUGAUUCUUUUAAAAAAAAAUUGGACCUAGUUUCUAAUAUUAUUUUAGUGGUUUUCUAUGUUCUGGAACUUUGAGCAGUUUUGAAUGUGCCCCACGAUGACGGACGGCUGUCGGUGCGGGCGCUGGGGUUGCCUGGCGUAGCCCCCUACACCCACCACUGUUUUAUUGUUUCUAUUUUGAUUUUGAAUUCUCUUAGCUUUAGAAACUUGAAAUUUUUUAAUUAACAAAUGGGUGAAAAUUUACCAGAAAAGAAAUGAAGAAAAUACUUAAAAAAAAAAAACCCACACACACAAAUCCCCUGUAGAAAUAGACCCUUUAC